AUUCAAAUACAAUUCAGCAGUCGCACCGAGCAGACGUACAGCGCACGAUACAAAAGUUUCUAAUCGAGUAAAAAGAAUAAUACAAAAAGAAGAGAGACCGAAAGUCGAGUUGAGUUGCAUGUGAAAUGCAUUUUUGAAUCGCAGCGAACAGUUCAGUGAACGUAAGCAAACGGUAAAGAACAACUGCGCGCAUACAAAUAGAAACGUCUAGAAUAUAUAGAAGAAACAGAAGACGAACGUAGCGAUUUGUUUUGAUUAGUAAUCCGAUUUUUGUUGUAAUUUUUUUGGGUUCUUGAUUUGUGGCUGUGUUUGUUCUAGUUAUUUUUUUUUUUGUGCAUAAUAACAUAAACAACAAGAACAACAAAAUGGCUUUUAUGAUGCCGGUUAUGAAGAACAACUAUGAUAUCUAUAAGGACACGCGCUCCCGUAGCCGCAAAACGUCCGAGUGCUCCAAUGUGAGCAGCGGCAACGGGACCACAGCGUUGGCCAGUGCAUUGGGCACACCGGGUCAUGCGACGCAGCAGCAGCAGCAGCAGCAACGUCGACGCAAGGUGUCCGAAUGCAAGUCGGAGAGUUUUGCGACGUCGCCGUCGCACGGCCAGUUGGGCGCCCAUCGCAUGCAGAUGCAGCGCUGCCACAGCUCCCGCGGCUUCACGCGCAACACGUCCCGCAACUCACACGGCGGCUCCAUGGUGCAAAUGUCGCAGGGCAUUCUGAUGUCGCCAACGCGCUCGAGUCCGCCCAGCCGCACGCAGACCGCCUCGGCGCUGGAGCGUCAGGCGGCCGCACAGGCUGCCGCUCAGUCGGCAGCAGCAGCGGCACAAGCCGCCGAGGCAGCGGCCACGGUGCAGCAGCAUCGGACGGAGCAGAGCAACAACGAUUAUACUAAAUUCCAUUUGCGUUUGGUUGACAAGCUGCGCAGGUCCUUUCGCAAGGACAGCGGCAAGCGGUCAUGAGAACGCGUCUCACACACAAACAGCAGCAGCAGCAACAACCAAAACAGCAACAACAACAACCACAAUUGCAGCGGCAGCAGCGUCGCCGGCGGCGCCGCCGCCAAUAACAACAACAAUAGCUCGCAGCUUGACAGCGACGCUGGCAGCACACCGCAGCGUUCCGGUUUCGUCAGCCGUUUGGGCCGACGAUUUAGGCGCUGCUGCCAAGCAUUCGGCGCAGCCGCUGUCACUGCUGGUGGCAGCGGCGGCGGCGCAGCUGCACCUGAGCUGGACUUUGAUGAUGUCGAUGCACACAACGGCAGCGGCGGUGGCGGCAGCGCUGAGCACCUAACCGCUAGCAGUCCGUAUACCAUACGUCGCAGUCGUCGUCGCUGCAGCAGCGGCGGCGGCGGCGGCGGCAGCAGCAUUAAUCGCCUAAAGCUGCGACUGCGCCGCUCCACCUCGUCGCCGGGCUAAGCGCGCUGCGUUUUGCGUAUGGGCAAUGGAAACGAUAAAAUUCGAAAGCGAAAUUCGAAUGCUGGAAAUGCUAGGAAUGCAGCUGCGGCGGCGACCGCACUGGCGUACAGAUGUGCAGAUGUGGAUGUGGAUGUGGCGUUGCCAGAUGUGCCAAAUAAUCAAAUUGGGUGGCGGCAGCCAUAGGCAUUGGAAAACAGGUAGCGAGAAGGCCUUGGCGUGUUGGAUGAGUUGCCAGCUGUUUGCAAAUGUUUUGUUAA